AAUAGUUAAGGAGAAAAAAAAUGAAUAAACAAAACGCCAAUAAUGAUGGUGUAUUAGAUGAUCAAUCAUCAAAUGUAGGUGCACCGCUAAUAUCUCUUGUUACACCACCACCUCCACUACAGCUUCAAAGAAUGUCUUCCAUUGAAUCUGAACCAAAAACCCUCUUUCAUGGAGAACUCAAUAUAGCAAGGGAGGCCGCAAUUGAAGUCCUCAACAAUCAUCCAAGAGAACAAGCUCUGGAAAUAUUUCUGGCUGGUUUGCAGCCAGUUGAAAUUGCAAAGGAUGCAACUGAAGAUAAUAUUGGAUCUGACUUAGAUGAUGAAGAAUAACAAAGUAUUAGAUUGCAAUGAAGAAUUAUUACAAGAAUAUGAUAUGAUGUUGAUGUUGUUUUAUUGCAUUAGUUGGCAUAAUUAAACUUUUUAUAUUACCAUAAUCUAUCUUUCUUUGUACUAGUAGCUGUGCUUAGAUGAGCUUAUUCUCAUUCAAAUCAAUGGAAUAAAAUAUUUUAAAGUUUUC